GUUUAAAUUAGACUCUUUCUAUUUUUUUCGGUUCUAUUGAUGUUGCGUAACUUGUAAAUGUAUAAAGCAAAGAUGUAAAAUUAUUCGAAAUUUCCAAGAAAGAACCGACUAGGAAUGUUUCGCUUACUCUCGAUUAUCAUAUAUGGUGGCAUAACGAAGAAAACAUAUUUAAAAUGCAAACAAAAUGCGUUUAGGUAAUUUAAAAAUUUUAACGAUCCGAGAUAAUUGUUAUCGGACUAAUGUAACUGGGAUAAUUAGAAAAUUACAAGAAUUUAUCAUUUCCAAAUAUUCUAGAAAAACUGGCUGUUCUCUUUCAGAAUUUUUUUUUAUUUAAAAGAAACAAAUUAUUUUAAAACAACAAAAAUAAAAUACAUACAAUCACAUUCUUAUUGAUCAGUCAUUCCAUAAUAAAAAUUUCGUAACAAUGUUGAAUGUAAACCGUUAAAACAACACACGCGAUAAUACCAUUUAGUUAAUUACAACCUUGAAAACACGAAAAAGAUAAAAAUAGGAAAUAAGCUGGGACGUUUAGUGUAUAAAAUUUUAAAUUCUACAGAUGCAAAAAUUUUGACACGUACGCAAUUGAAUGCAUAUAUUCGUUUACAAUUUCAUUAAAAGGUUCACGCAUUGAUGACUCAAAACAACUGACGCAUCAAUUUAACGCGCUUCUUUAACAAGUUGUAUUGCGAGAAGUGUCUAAAAUGAUUAUUUGAAUAUACACGCAGGAGAUUACAUGCUUCAACAAUUUUUUUAUUAUUGGAAUGUUCGCGAUAUCGCUCUUAGAUAUCUUAUAUCUGUAACCUUGAUAGCUCGGUUGAGUGUGAAAAUCGUUCCGAUCCGGAUCAGUAGUGAGUAAAAAGCCGAGCGCGCAAGAGAGAGAAAGGUUCCCUUCGUCUCGUCGUGCAUAAAAUGUUCUCCGAAUACGUGCCUUUCGUGACGAAAUAUUUUUACCAUAUAUUAGUUACCGUUAUAUCGCUCGUUUUAUUUAGUGAAUUUUUCGGAUGGCCGGACAAGAGAAUCGCUCCAAGUGGGACACGCGCAUUCACGGCAUCUGAUGAAUCUACGGAUCCGAGUGAAAAGACGGACGAAGAGUUGCUUGAAGAAGCCCAAGAAGAGCCUGCCUUACCAAAGGAUCUCAAGCACAUUCCAUAUCAGUAUGUCCGGCUGCCCGAAAAGGAAACGCUGUCUCGGGCGUCAGAAUUUUAUCAAAUAGCAGCCGCGAGACGUACCUUAAGAUACUUCAGCGCAGAUCCCGUUCCAAAGGAAGUUAUCCGCGAAAUUAUAAGGGCCGCAGGUACUGCCCCCAGCGGCGCGCACACAGAACCAUGGAGCUUUGUCGUGAUAUCCAAUCAAACUAUGAAAUCAAAAAUCAGAAGUAUCGUGGAACAAGAGGAGGAAAUCAAUUACAAGAAAAGGAUGGGCGUGAAAUGGACGACUGAUUUGUCUCCGUUGAAGACUAAUUGGGUAAAAGAAUAUCUCACCAUCGCCCCGUAUCUGAUACUCGUGUUCAAACAGAUCUACGGUAUUUUGCCAAACGGAAAAAAGAAGGUCCAUUAUUAUCAUGAGAUGAGCGUUUCUAUCGCGUGCGGAAUCCUCAUUACUGCCAUACAGUACGCCGGUUUGGUGACUCUUACAUCUACACCAUUAAAUUGUGGACCGGCUAUACGCAGUCUUCUUGGACGUCCAUCGAACGAAAAGCUCGUGUUACUUCUGCCAAUCGGCUAUCCAGCCAAAGAUGCCACUAUACCUGAUUUGCAACGAAAACCUCUAUCCGAAAUUUUAAUUGAGAUUGAUUAAUGAAAGUAUUGAGAGGAGACAAAUUCGUGAAACGCCCUAUUACCUUAACAUAAUAUUUAAUACUAAAUAAUGGAGAGAUAUAUUUUAUCAUAUACUUUCUUAUAAUUUACAUGGACAGAUCGAAAGUAGGAGUAUCUGAAAUAAAUAAUCAAACAUGCAUUUAUGUUAGCACUAUUUUUAUGAAAAAAUGUUAUAUAUUUUUCGGAUUACUAACUUUUUUAUAUCUUACAUAGAGCAAUUAUUAGCUACAAUAGUAAAAUGUAAUAUUUCUUGUCUCUUAUAAAACAUUGCCAAUAUUACAAAGUAAUUGUAAAGUCCAAAAAAAAGAGCUAAUCCCUGAAAUGUAGCACCUGUUCGAGUCAUGUCGUUUGUGUUAUAUAACUUCUCUCCUUCUCUCUCUCUCUCUCUCUCUUGCAGUUGAAAUGUUUACAAUGGCACGCAAUAAGACUGUUCUAAACUUAAUAAUCAGUUUGUAUAAACUAACGUUUAUUCCAAUUUGUAUACAUAAUGUUAAAAAUAAGUGCUAUAUAAGUUUGAUCAGGUUUAAUCGAGGAGAGAAAAACUUAAGGAUGAGUCGGCAAAAAAAUUUGAGUGAUAUAUAACACUAUUUAUACAAUUAGGCGGUCGUAAAAUUGUCAAAUUACGAAACAAAGUUUGACAUUAAAAAUACCAAAUAUCACCACAGUCACUUAAAAUUAAGUACAUUUAAUAUAUAAAAUAUAAAAAUACUGGGCUAAAUGUGACGAAGAACAUAUAAUCUUUCUGCGAGUGUGCUGCACGUCUGCGUAUGAUAGCUAUGUCGCUACUAAUAGCUAUCUCAUUAAGUGUAAAAGCUUUAGAGUAUCAUGAUACAUACAGAGAAACAGAGAUAAUAUUUUAUUUUUUAUCACUAUUCAUGGAACAAAUACUAUCAAUAUCAUGAUUUUUCUAGAAUAAGUUUUUUUCGUUUCCAUGUGUAUUUUUUUCUUUUUUUUUCUUUUCUAUGAAACUUGGUUUCUACCAAAUCUGUAGCGCGAGAAGCUAUAAGAGUUAAUGUGAAAA